UCUGGUUAAAAUUUUAACGGUAGUUUGAUAAGGUGUAGUGAAAAUUUAUUCUUCAGGAUUAAUUAAAACUGUAUUAAACCCUAUUAUAUUUUUAAACGUGUUUCCAUAUAAUAAGAAAGGAUGUAAUUUUUAUAAUAAAACUUCAAAAUGUGAUUUUUAAUUUGGAAUAAAAUGAAAAUGACGCUAAAUGUGAAAAAAGUGAAAAUUCUAACCAAAUCUUUUGGGAAAUAUUGGAUCAGAGAACAAUGAAUGGUUUGAAUAACAGUGGUCAGAUGGGCCCUCCUAAAGGGACAAAUAUACCAAGACUAACUAUCCAAGCCGACACACCUGUACCUUCUUCUAACAGUAAUACUCCUGUUCCAGCUUUAAAUCAACAGCAAGACAAAACUAGUAUAGCAUUACCAGCACUAUCUUCCAACAGAAAUGUCAUCAACUCGGGAAAACCUACUCAAAACGGCACUACGCAGAAGUUUGCCCCAUCUCGCAACUCGUGUCCACCAGGCAGCUUCUUUAAUAAUCAGAGACAGCUUAAAUCAGACUUGAAUGGCAGUAAUCUUGGACCUAUGUGCUUUAGUUUGAAUCCACGGAACAGAGAUGGUGGAAACUUCAGUCACAAUGUCAACGCAUUCAACACAACAAACAAUCAAAACAACACUCUUUUACGCCCUACAAGUAGAAUGGAAAAUGCCACGCCUACACCAAGUGACAUCUCUAGCAUAAGCUGCACACCACGCAACGGACCACAGACUCCGAGACAAACAGAUCGAGCACAGACACCAUUGAAUAAUGAAAAAGAACAUGUUUUUCUGGAACCCUUCCCAGUCAAGCAAGAGUGGAAUCCAUAUAAACCACUACCACAGGUUCACAAUGGAAAUAAUCACCAUGGCAACAUCAAUGGCCAUAGUAACAAUUCCAAUGGAUCUGUAUCUGGAAGUGAAUUUUCCCAUGGUGUUACAGGAAGUGCGACAUGUUCCCUGUCACCAUUCCAAAACAUGGAUUCUUCUCCGUCAAAUUCAUUAUACACAGCAAGUCCACGGCACUCAGCUGUGAGAACACACGGACAGAAAAGAGCUUUAUCAAUCUCACCGAUUGGGCCUGAUGGUGUUGACUUGUAUUCUUUGAUUAGAACAUCACCAACAUCACUUGUAGCCUAUAUUAAUGGCUCACGUAGCUCUUCAACAAGUGCUUCCCCACAGCCAAUAAAUCACCAUGGCAACUUUGGACAUGCCAUUGCAAGUAAGAUGCACAGAUGUGGCUCAUCUACAGUGAGUCCAUUUUCUCAUUCCGGUAAUUCUAAACAGAGAAUGUCACUCCAUAGUGGUGGUUCUUUCAAGAGGGAACCAGAGUUUGGAUUGCAUGAGAAUUUGUCUGACAUGUUUUCCGAUAUUGUCAGCAAUCAAAUUGUUGUACAACAGAGCGAUAUUCCUAUGGUUGAACAGAAGGCUUUCAGUGAUAUGCAAACAUAUGGAGCCCCACAAUUCAACAAUUUCAUGUCCAUGGGACAACAACAGCAACACAACAUUCCAACAAGUAUGGGAGGAAAUAUGUCAAUGAGACCACCUCCAUCUUAUGACCAGGCUAUCAUUCAGGGUCAAAAUACUAUGCAGCCACAACAGCAAAUGAUGCAGACGCAAAAUCAGAGGCCAUCAUUACCUCUACAACAGCAACAAAAUUUCCCUCAGAACAUUCCUCAACCUCAUGUUGAUAGUAAUACAAAUAAUGUUAUAAACAAUAAUAAUAUGAUUAAUGAUCAAAAUUAUCAGAACAAUAAUGUUGACGAUGGAGAUCUUGAUGAAAAUGGUGAGAAACAAAAUAUAUGUCGCUGGAUCGACUGUAAUCAAAUUUUCAAGGAACAAGAUGAACUUGUACGUCAUUUAGAAAAAGCCCACAUUGAUCAGCGAAAAGGAGAAGACUUCACAUGUUUUUGGGCUGGUUGUCAAAGGCGAUAUAAACCUUUUAAUGCCAGAUACAAAUUACUUAUACACAUGCGUGUACAUUCAGGGGAAAAACCAAAUAAAUGUACUUUUGAAGGUUGUGAUAAGGCAUUUUCACGUCUUGAGAACCUGAAGAUUCACUUGAGAUCUCACACUGGGGAGCGGCCAUAUUUAUGUACACAUGCAGGCUGUACUAAAGCAUUCAGUAAUUCUUCUGACAGAGCCAAACAUCAACGAACUCAUCUGGAUACGAAACCCUAUGCUUGUUCAGUGCCAGGAUGCAACAAACGUUAUACAGAUCCUAGUUCACUACGCAAACAUGUCAAAAAUCACAACCAGAAAGAUCCACAACAGAAAAAGAAGAUGAAAAAGGAAGGCGAAAGUUUAGGUGGUGGUGAUAUAUUGAACAAUUGUCUGACAGUGCAACAACUACAUAUGGAGUCUGCACCACAGAACCAUGAAAACCAAGAGAAUAUGAUCCGAGGACCAGUCACUGGACCAACUACUGAUCUUUAUUCUGUUGGAGUGAACUAUCAGCCCCAUCAGAAUGCUGCAGCUUCCCCAGCACCAAGUGCCAUGCAACAAGGAAGUCCAAUGCCAAGUACAAACAUAAAUAUGGAAGAAGAACAGUUUGGUACUUUCAACACAACACUUCCACAAAAUUUCAACAGACGUAAUAUCCCAAUGAACAUGCGGACUGGGAUGCAACCAGGAAUGCGUCCAAAUAUGCAGACUGCACCAUACCAGCAAGGGUAUGAGACAUACCUACAGAGCAUGAACCAGAUGCCAUUAGGAUUUGCAGAUGGAGAAAAUGGCCAGUUUAAUUUUCGCAAUAAUGCCUUUGAUCCAAAUUUGAUGACAGACAUGCAGGCUAUGCAAAGAAAUUAUCCAGGUUUAGAAGGCAUCCCUCAAGAAUUUGAGAACAUGCACUUUGCUGAGGAAUUAACACAACACCAACAGAUUACUCAGCAGUAUCUUCAGCAUACAGCCAUUGAUCGCUGCAACAGUCGAAUGUCUGCUGCUAUCUACGCAGAUGGUACUACUUGAUUCAACUCAAAUUUAUCAGACUUUUUAGCUUAGAUAGAAUUGUACGCAACACAAAAAUGUUGUUGUUGUACAACACAAUAUUUUGAUUUGUAAUGAUUGUACAAUAUUGGACUGUGAUAUAUAUACAGAAUCAUACAAAAAUUAUCACUUUGUAGAACACACAAAUCAUGUAUUUAUUACUACAUUUAAAAACAUUGUAUAAGGGGCAAAAUCUUUAGCCAGUUGUGAAAAAUAGUGAACUCAGAUUGAUGUUUUGAUUUUAUAAUCUGAGAUAUUAUAUUGUUUGUUUGAUUUAAUUGUUUUAUAUUAUUUAAUUAUUUAAUAAAUGUUGAGCUAUUUUUUUGUUGAUAAUGGUUGUGAUUAUGAAUUAUCUGCCCCUUGUUUGACAUUCCUAAUGCAUAUUUUUAUCAUUAAAAUAUAUUUUUGUUAUAAUCAUGGUUUGCUGUGUGAAAAAAAUGUAUCAUUGUGCCAUGUAAAAAUAAUCAAAAUAUGUUAAGUUUAGCAUAUUAUUAUAUAUUUUAGUAUAUGUCAGGUUUCAUGCAUAUUUUGAAAUGAAAUUGAAAAUUUUAUAAGCUUUUGCAAGUCGCUUGUGGACUUUUAAGAAGGGGCUAGAUUUUGAUCUUGUAUUUGACACAUGUGAUCCCCUGUUGUCUGUGUUUGUCUUUCCUUAAGUGCUACUGUCAUUUAAUGUAUAAUGAUUGCCAAAUACUUGUUGAUUUUAAAAGUAGUUUAUGUUACUUAUACAUUUUAAUUGAUCUUGUUUAACAUAAUAUUUGAAACGACUAACACCCAUCAUACCUUAAAAAUGUCUUGUUCUUAACAAUCGUAUUAUAAGUAAUAGUUGCUACGAUUUUGAUAAAAUUUUAUGAAAGAUGGAAAGCAGAUAUAUUACAGAAAUAAGCGUGUGCAUGAUGUUUUCAUAUUAUUUCUUCAAAUCAAAUGUAUGUAUUUGUGCUGUGUAUUUUCUUUUAUUUUCGCUUGACUUUCCUCGUCCCAACAUUUUAACUUUAAGGAAUGACCAGCAACUGUGCAAUGAGGACUGCCCAAUUUGUCAGGUGUGAAACAAUACAAAAUCUUCUAAAUCUGAAAUGGAAGUAAACAGUAAAUGUAAAUUUCAUACUUAAUUCACUUUGUGUAUAUAUUACUGAAAAUCGUAGCUACUAUCUGUUGAAGUCCGUGUUCAAGUCUUCAUUUACAUUCUUUUCUUAAAUUCUAUUUAUAGAACGAGACUUUACUUUUAUAAGUCAUAAAAUGUCUGUUUUCAUUGUAACUAAAAUUGUAAGUCCAAUUGAUGAUUAUAAUUAGGACUGAGAUGCUAGAUAAACUUUUUAGUCUUGAUUAGUCUAAAACAAGUUCUGAUGUUUACUAAAAUGUUUUCUUUCCUGUGUUUUUUGUCUCAGAAAUGUCCUGUUAAAAAGAAUGUACAAAUAGUGCUUAUAUUUCAUUCCGUGAUGAAUAUCCUGACAUAAUAUUGUACUUUUGUUGGUGCCGAUAACAGUGAAUUAAUAUUUAUGCUAUUCCAGGUUUUUUGUUUUUGAGAAUCAUGAAAUGUUAUCUGUUAUUCAUGCCUCCUGUGAUUGUAAGGGCUAUUCCAUUUUGAUUAAUGCACCAUGGUCAGAAGCUUCCUGCUGCAAGCAUAUACGGAGUCACUUUAUGAUCCAUUUAAGAAAAAUAAACAACCCUAGUACAUUCAUUGAAAUGGAAUACCCUAAAGAAUUUUCAGUAUUUAGUAAUUUGUUAUGAAAUAGAGUUCCUUGAAAUAUUCAAUCAAAUAUAAACAUCAUCAUUGUUUUUAAAAAUGAGAUACACAUUUUUAGAUAUAUUUAAAGCAUUGUUUAAUUGACAUUGUCACCGUUUCAUUGAGGUACAUAUGUUUUUAUCGUGUGCAGUUUUGAAUACUGAUAUAUCUUUAAUCAGUUAAGAGAUUUUUGUAUAUCAUUAAGUUAUUGUUGAAUGAUAUAACCAAAUAGAAUUCAAAUUAUCCAAAAUCGUGAAAAAUGAAUAGAAUUUAAAAAUUGGAUCAAUUUCUUUUCUGUGAUUUUUGUAAAAACAUUAUAUGAAAUGUAAGGAUAACAAAAUAGUGCUAUAUGAUUGUAUUUGUAAUUUAUUGCACCUGCAGAACAAAAAGAAUGAAAUCCAAAUUUCCAACAGUAUUGAAAACCCGUCCUAAAUUUUGUUUGCUUAAAGUGUUGUUUAUAUAUAUCCGUCCAAUUGUUUGUACAUUUGUAUAUAAACAUAUUUAUAAUCGUACCAGCUGUCUCUAUCUGAAACUUUUUCCUUUUGCUUUUGGAUGUUUUUUGUUUAUAGUUAUCUUUUGUUUCAAUAUUUUUAAUUUUUUUUUAAUUCUAAAAUAAAUAUUUGUUUUGACAAAGAUGAAACUUCUUGAGCAGUAUAAUGUGUCUUGUAUUUUCUGAUAUAACUGCACUGUUUGUUCUUUUAUCAUGAGUUAUAUGUUAGAACUUAUUUCUGAAGGAAGUAUUUAACAAUAAAGGUUACAUGCCAAGUUGGACUCUUUCUUAGCUAAAAAUACAAUUUCGACAUGAAGAAAGAUCCAUUGAUAUAUUUGGCAGGCUUUUCUAACAUACUCAAUGUCAUUCAUUUUCCAAGAUUUUUUACUUUUGGAACAUGAUCUUGAUUUUUUAAUUAAGAUUUAUCAUUUCUAUCUUACAUUAUCUUCAGAUGUCUACAUUCAAUGAUCAAAAUUUCAUUUUCAUAAAUGUAAUCAGUUUAGGAGAAAUUUUUGACAUAUACCCUUUUGGGUAUAACAAAUCCGUCCACUUAGUCUAUUUUUGCACACAUUAUAUAUCAUCAUGAAUUUUAAAACUUAGGGCCAAGUAUAUCUAUUUGCUUUUAGUAACAUCAUUGCAAGUUGUCAAGUAGUUUCAUCUUUGUCAGUAAAUGUUUUAUUAUCGUCAUCAUCAUAUUCUAUGUACACAUAUGUUGAAAUCAUCUGUUUUACACAUACAAAAAAAAGACCCAAGUACCUUUUAAGGCAACUGAAUUAAUGAAUCAAUCUCCUUUUGAGUAUCAUAGUUUGAGCUGUUUUAUUUUUAAUUGUUCAUCCUGAUUUUAAGGAAAGUCUCUUUGGCAGUUAAUAGUUUUUAAUGCUGUGUUUGCAGUAAAAAUAUUUAAAAAAAUUAGAUAAUGAGCACCAUUAUCAAUAACUGUACCUUGGAAAUAAAUUGGUUUUGUAAACCAAUGCUUUUUCACUAUUUUGACUUUAUUCAGAGAGUGCAAUCAUCCAUUUAUGAUGUUUUGUAAAUAAGUUUGAAAUUUGUACUAGAACUGCAUGGAUCAUUCUCCAGUUUAAAAUAUAUUAGAAUCUCUGGUUGAAAACAGCAAGGAAAAGUUAUUGAAAAUACCUGACAAUCAGUUCUACGACACCAUAGACAAGGAGAUGUUUUUUAGAAUUGUUUUAGACAGAAAACUGAUUUAAUAGUUAAUUGAUAUUAUAGAUUAGAAAUUUUUACGACACUGAAUGAUCCAUGCAUCGAAUGAACUAUAUUUACAGCUUAUAGUUGUAAGUAAAAAAAAAGAAAUUUUUCUUUGUUUAUUUGUGACAACAGUUCUUGAUAUCUGCAUAAGUAUAUAUACAUUUUACACUCAUUUGAACAUUUAAUACACCAGCAAUUUCUUUUUAGUAUGCUUGCAUGACAUAGAGCUAAUAAGUAUAUUUUCAGUUAGAGUUAGCAGAAAAACUUUAAUUAGAAAAAAAGUUUACAUUUUAUUGUUUCAGCAAACCACUACAAAAUUAUUUAACAAAAAAUUGAAUUUAAAAAUUGUCAAAAGAAAAUUUUUUAUUUAUUUUUAUGGUUUGAAUAAAUGAUUAAAAAUCUUUUAUGAUUUCUGGCAGAAAUUAUACAAAAAAUUCGCAAUUUACAACUGAUAAAUCAGUUUUUUACAACGUCUUACACAAGUGAUUUGUUUAAUGUCUUUCACAGCAAAUAAUUGUAAUUUGGAAUAUUUGUCAAAUUCUACAGCAUAGUUUUUUGUUAACCCAGCAAAGAAAACUUCAGCAAAGUGCCUUAUAUUGUCUUUGUGCAACACUUCUUUCUUACUGUAUAAAGGCUGUGUAUCAACAUUUGUUAAUCGUUGUUCAAUAAAUGGUCUUGGAAAAA